AUGGAUGACUACAGAGGGCGUCCCAUCGGUGCGAUCCUAGAGGAUCCUGACGAGCCCGGCGUGAGCCCGCCCCGACCCAGCGUGUUCUCAGUGCACUCAGCUGGCAGCAAUGCCUUGGAUGCGGCGGUGCCCGGCGACGCAGGCCCACUCAGUGAUCCCCUUGACGCCCUGGAUGUGGACUUGGUAGACAUUGCCUCCAGCGCCGGCGAGCUGUCAGAGGCGUCCCGUGACGUAAGCACUUUGCGUGAUCAACGCCGCGAUGGGAUGGUGGCAAUUAUGACCAACAUGCGGGCCACCAGGCCUGAGAUCAUCCGAGCCGUUCCGGCCCGCCACGCGUUGUGGAUAUGUGGGCAAGCAUUCCGUGCGAAACUUGACCAUGCUUGCCAUUUGCACAAAUAUAGCCGGGCAACUCGCCACAUCGACGAGUUUUGGUCCCACAGUUGGCAUUGGAAGCCUUGGAUGAAAAGCACCACGGCGCUGUUCGUGAGCAACGGCUUUGCCGCGGCGGUCCUUGGGCUCUUUGGUGCUGUUCUGGCGGCAGUCUUGCUUCAAAGGCAGGUUUUGCCCGUCGAUCAUCGCGGCUGGCAACGGUGGUUUGCCGGUUCUCACUGGACCGUGCUCUUCGGGACCCUGACGUAUUACCUUGCCUUGAUCUUCUGGCCAUCUCAACGGCGUGUGUUCCUCGACAUCAUCUGCAUUGACCAGGAGAAACCCAGUGCCAGAGGGGAGGCCCUGCUGAGCAUCGGAGCCAUCUUAAAGAGCUCUUCCAGGAUGCUCAUUCUCUGGGACCGCACUUGGAUGGCGCGCCUUUGGUGUGUCUUCGAGCUCGCAGGUUGGUUGCACAGCCGCAAGCAGGGCACAGACGCAAAGCGAAACGUGGGUGCUCGCCCCGUCCUCCUCGGGCCUCUUCUUGUGACGUCUAACCUGAGCCUCGUCGUGAUUCUGCUUGGUGCCGAACUCAUAAGUACCUACGGUCCUUCAUUGCGCGGUUUGGCCGCUUAUCUCAUUCCGCUCUCCGUGGUCCUGCCAUUGUUUUUGAUUCUAAGUCAUGUCGGCAGAGCCUUUUGCCGGAGCAUCGACGAUUUGCAGCAGGCUCUGGCAACAUUCAGCACUGGGCAGACCAAGUGCGGCUGCUGCGAUGCAGGGCAUCUAGAUGCCAAUGGUGAGCCGAUGGCUUGCGACCGCGAAAUCUUGUUGCGUUGCAUUGAGCUGUGGUACGGGGACCUGAGCAGCUUUGAAGUACAUGUGAAGGGAAACGUGAGAGCCGCUCUCUUGGAACAGUUGACGAGUCCGCUGUUCCUGUAUUGGCACGUGGUUGGAGCGGCCAGUCCCGUCAUGUGGUUCUUCCUGGGAAACCCGUGGUGGCCGUUGCUGACCCUGACAGGCUCGACGGAACAUGUAUUGAGUAUAUUGAAUUUGCUUGUGGGUGGUCUGACUAUGUGGCUGGCUGCGAUACCCGCUUUGGUUCUGCUUUCACUAAUGCUGGCAUACCUGCUCCGCAGACAACGAUCAUAUUUCGCCUUUGACAUUUUGUGCAGCAUGAUGGUGGUUCUCGCCGGCGGGUUCGUCGCACUGGCCAGCAUAGCAGGGGGAUUCGUCUUUCAGACCAUGGGCCUCGGAGCGCUGGCUGUUAACUUUGCUUGCAAUCUGUGUGUAGCGUUGGCGUGCGGCUUCCUGUUUUCGAAGUCGAGGAGAUGUGCCCUGGCCAUCUAG